UAAAGAACCUGUCAACAAUUUCAAAAUCAAGCCGGAGUCGCCGGUCGUAAAGGAGGCUCCUCCGUCCGUGGUCGGUGCAGAUUCGCCUCCGCGGAAGGGCAUCCUGUCGCCUCCUAAGAAACAGGUCGUACCUCCGCCGAGGAGCGACGUGCUGUCCCCUACGAAAUCCGAAGUCGCGUCCCCACCGAAGCAAAAUAUCCUUCCACCUAAGAAAGAGAAUUCUCCUCCCGUUGCGACUUUCAAAAUAAAGAGGAACGACGAUCCGCCCGCUCCGAAAUCGAUUAUAAAGGAAUCUUAUGUCGCUAAAGAAUCGCCGAUGCCGUUAAAAACUGAAAAACUUUCGCUGGUCGAUAAUGGGGUUAAUAUAGAAAACGAAGUCAAAAAGGACGCGAACGAUGGCGAUGUGGCCGGGGGCGGGGACGCGGGCAACGAGGAGUCCAACGGUGUCGGGGACAAAAUUAAGAAGUUUGAGAAAGCUGCAGAGGAUGCCAGCGUGCCGCCCGGCCGCCUGUCCCGCCCGGGCUCCGUGCGAGGCCGCGGCCGCACCGAGAGGCUCGGCUCGGACCCCAAGGAGGACCUCCCGCCUCCGGCCACACCCUUCAAGGAUAACGUGCACUUUGAACUCGGAAGUGCGACUUUAGGGCGGCAGCAGAGUUUAUCGAAGAAUAGCCCGCCGCUACCAAAAUGGCCUCGCGACCAACCCGCGGAACCAAUAAAGAAAACCGAGCCCCAAAAGAUUAUAAAGCCGGAAUUCAAACCCAUGCCGUCGCCCGUGGACGUGACGAUCCGCUCGCCGAGCCUCGGCGUCAAGAUCGCCGACCAGUUCCCGUCCCACGGCACCGCCUUCCGCAACGUCGCCUCGCCCGCGCCCGCGCCCGCGCCCGAGGCCGACGUCGCCCGCGCCGUGCACAAGUUCGAGGAUGCCGCUCUCAACAACUCGAAGCCCUGCAAAUCCAAGCCGAAAGAGAAGUCGUACCAGAUCAGCAAGGGGUCGAGCUACUUCACGCGCGGCUCCGAGGAGAUAUGGCUCGUGAAGAAGAAGGACAUAGAGGAGAUCGAGGAGCGCGUGCUGGACUCGUUCCGUCGCGCCGGCGGCAACGUCUGCGUGCGGAGCGAGUCGCUGCGGCCCGCGUCCGACGGCGGGCACGCGCACGGCGGCUUCUCGCACGCGACCAUGGGCCGCAAGCGGCAGAUGUACGCCCGCAGCGAGUCGCUCGACCCGCAGUGGGCCGGCGCGCGCGCGCAGACGCUGAAGCGGCAGACGUCGGUGGCGUGCACGUGCGGCCACGACAAGAAGACGCGCGCCAAGAGUGCCGGCGCCGCCGCCGCCGCCGCCGCCGCCGCCGAGCAGCCGCCGCGUCCGCGCUCCCGCUCGCACGGCGACGACAACAACCAGGCGCACGUGCUCGACAAGUACGAGACGCUCGUGUAGCAUUACACCCGCUCGGACGCCGACCGGCCCUAGUCGGCCGGCGUUCACAGCGGCCAGGCUCCCGCGGCGUCGACGCGGUUUUAUUAUUAGUGUUGACUGUAGUGCUGCCCUAUUCCGUGCAUGAUAUUUGUGAUAGUGGAGGUGCGAGCCCGUAGAGUGAGGUUCCUUGGUGCGAUGCGUGGGUGUGUAAACGCGUAUUAUAUAAAUUAUUUACUCUAUAUUGUGUAUCGGAUCAGUAUCGAUUGAUAUUAUUCUCGUACGGGGCGACGAUUUAUCGGCUAGUCUUAUGAAUGUUCUCGUAGAAAUUGGAGCUGAAUAAAUUAGGGGCAAUUCAAUAUUUAUUUCAUUGUAAACCAAAUAUUUAUAGAAUACUUACAUAUAUGUAUACAUACAGAAUAUAAAAAUUAUAGUACUGACGAAUGUAGCUAGUGUAUUAGUAUUAAAAAUAACUAUUAUAUACUCUUACCUUUUACAAUGUGGUGGCGGGCUGAGUUUGUAAUGAGAUUUUAAAAUUUGUUACCUUAAUUUCGCCAUUACAAAUGGAGUUCUUAUUUUUCUUAAUACCGAUAGAAAAAUGUGCAGGAGUCAUGAGUAAUGACCUUUUAGGGGUUGUUAUGUAAAAAGAAUCCAUUUCAUACAAGAAUUUCACAUUUUUCUAGGAUAUUUAGAUGAACUCAAAUGUCUUGCUAAAAUAUUUUGCAGAUUGGAGCUUUUUCCCGUUGCUGCAUCCGAUGCAAAGAGGACAAAUAGAACCUCGACUUAUUAUGAGUCAAUUAUGAUAUAAAUAGUGAUAUCAUAGUACUGUAACUGUUUUUACGGAAAGCAAACUUUACCCACCUCAGCACAAUCUAAAUAUAAUGGUGCUUUGCUUGUUGAAAACAUUGUAACAUUUCACUUGGACCUCUAUCUGUUUUUAUUAGCGGUUGUGAAAUUACGUUUUGAGAUUAGAUUUUUAAUUUACUUAUGAGACGCAAGCUUUAUCGAAACUUAAAGUUUAUUUUUAACUAAUACGAAGUUGCUAGUCGAUAUGAAUAUUUAAAAUCUAUGUAAUCACAAGAUAUAUCUCUUACUCAGUAUUUCCUGAUCAGCUUUUAUGAUCCAUAUUUUUACUUUCAUCCGAUUAUUUUCUUAACAGAUAGGUAGGUAGGUAUACAUAUAAGAUUCCAUUUUUAAAGUAAAAUAUGUACGAUUUUGUAUUUUCAUAUAAUAUGUGACCUGUAUAUGUAGUGCCAAUUAUAUCAAUUGUAUAUUUUGAUCAACAUGAAAUCAGUAACUUCCAUUUUAUAAUGAAUUUUGUAUUCAUUUAGUGAAAGUACCAACGAGUUACACCAAAAAUAUUAGUAGUGUGUGACACAUUUGAAUGUGGUAGGACCCUGAGGGCGGGGCGACGUCGUAUUAUUCCUGCUUUUUAUUUUAUAAUAGGCGGAAAAUAUUCUCAUUUAUUUGUAUUGUAAAUACUUACUAUUAAUUGUAUUGUAAUUCUUUGUAAAAAUGCAUUGAAAUAUGUCAAUGGGCAAACUUUAUAAUAACAGCUCCUUGUAACAGAAUUACUUUCUCUGAUCAAUACUGUGAGAAUGAGUAAUGAGUAUAUGCAUUCCAAGUGUUUUGUUGCUCAGCGUUCUCUCUAUACAAAUAUUUUAUAAUCUUAAUAUUAAUAAAAAGAGCAACGAAUGUGUACCAAAUUUUUUCUAAGUAAUGAAGGUAGUGUUACUAGAUAGACAUCUUUUCCAUUUUUAAUAUGCUAGUACCUAUUUAUGUUUCUUCUCGCAACAUUGGAUGUAAGGCUAAUUUCGACUCUAGAAACUAGAAAGCACCUAAAUUCUUUCCAACAUUCCACAUGGACAAAUGUCCUUGUGAAGGGCGGUUUUAUGAAAUCGGAGCAGCUUAGGUUCUUAUGAAUGUAAUAAAUGUUUCCAAAUCUUUAGGCUUUUUAUCAAGCCAUUUUUUUAUUAUCUCUCGUUGCGUUAUUUACGGGGUACGAGCAAUGCUCUGUAGAAUAGAUUAGUGUUCUGUAUGUAUGAUCACGAUUAGUGCUAAGCCAUGUAAAGUAUAGUAGUAAGAAAAUAAAUAAAGCAUGUUUUAUAUUAUGUAGAUUAUGUAAACGCCUCCUUAUUUUGCCAAAUACUGGCAAGCGCUGAUUAUUUAUUAGCAUUUUUUCUUAAAUGUUUAUAAUUUUAAGCUAAAGCUGAAACAAUGUCAUUAUGUCUAAUAAGAAAAUAUUUUAUAAAUUGUUUAUUUGCUAAUAUGAUUUAAAUUAAAUUAAUA